AUGGCCACCAUCCUCCCCCCCACCGACGGCCUCGCCAACGGCCUCGCAAAGCUCGGUCUCUCCAACGGCGACGCCUCCCACAAUGACUCCAAGCCCGAGACCAAAUCCGACGUCACCUCCGAAACCCAAUCCCAGAUCCGGUCCGACGCCCAACCGGAGAACAAGUUCGAAGUCAAAGCCGGGCUAGCGCGGAUGCUCAAGGGUGGCGUCAUCAUGGAUGUGGUGAACGCGGAGCAAGCGCGCAUUGCCGAAGAUGCGGGCGCGGUAGCCGUCAUGGCGCUGGAGAGAGUGCCUGCGGACAUCAGGGCUCAGGGCGGUGUCGCACGGAUGAGCGAUCCUAGGAUGAUCAAGGAGAUCAUGGAGACGGUGACAAUCCCCGUCAUGGCAAAGGCGCGGAUUGGGCAUUUUGUGGAGUGUCAGAUCCUCGAAGCCCUCGGCGUAGACUACAUAGACGAGUCCGAAGUUCUCACCCCAGCCGACGCAACCCACCACGUCGAGAAACACCCCUUCAGCGUUCCCUUCGUGUGCGGGUGCCGCAACCUGGGCGAAGCCCUCCGCCGCAUCUCCGAAGGCGCCGCCAUGAUCCGCACCAAAGGCGAGGCCGGGACCGGCGACGUCAUCGAAGCCGUGCGCCACAUGCGCACCGUGAACGCCGAGAUCAGUCGCGCGGCCGGCAUGUCGCCCGAGGAGCUGCGCGUGCUGGCCAAGGAGAUCGGCGCGCCGUACGAGCUGUUGAAGAAGACGGCCGAGCUGAGGAGGCUGCCGGUUGUCAACUUCGCGGCGGGGGGCGUGGCGACGCCCGCGGAUGCGGCGCUCAUGAUGCAGUUGGGGUGCGAUGGCGUGUUUGUAGGGAGUGGUAUUUUCAAGUCGGGCGAUGCGGCGAAGAGGGCCAAGGCGAUUGUGCAGGCGGUUACGCACUUUAGGGAUCCCAAGGUUCUGGCGGAGGUGAGUAUGGACUUGGGAGAGGCCAUGGUGGGGAUUAAUUGUGGGACCAUGGAUGAGAAGGAGAGGUUGGCGAAGAGGGGGUGGUGA